GAACCUCCUCCCCAAAAUCCCCAUCAUUUAAAAAAGUAAACUAAAAAGUUAGGAAACUCAAACUCACAAACAUAAGCACACUUCAUUAAAUUAAACACCUUAAUUUGUCUCACUCUCUCUCUCUCCCUAUGCAAUUGCAAUUGCAAUUUGCAACCCCAUCUUCUCACUAUAAAAUUCAAUACACAAUCCCCUGCCGACACUCACCAUUUCUGCGAGCUCAAAGCCAAUGCCUCUACGCUCCUCUCCAUCAUCAUGAAUCACAACAGAUCCCUCCUCAUCUCCUCCAAAUUCCUCCACAUAAUCUGCUCGGAGAUUUAGUGCUUUCGUCAUUCGUCUAGAAUGUACCACUCGAUGAAGCGCACUCUGCGGCCGCUCUACACCGUCAUGCUGCUCCUCGUCCUCGCCGGAACCCUAACCCUCAGAGUCGUGCUUCAUCAGAAUGGAUCCUUCUACCUCAGAUACGAAAUCGCAUCUGCUCCUCCCACCCCUAAGAUUCCGCCAUUCAACCAGACCUUAUUGAGAUUCGCCGCCCUCGACGUCGCCGAGGCCAAAUUGAAGAAGGAAAUCGAGGAUCUAUUGGAGGGGAAUUUCGCCAGCCGCGGCCGGCAGCGCUCGUUCCUCUCGUCGGGGAAGUACCACAUCGACGUCAGGCUGCGGACGUCGCGGGGGAUGCCGCUGCAGCUCCGGUCGCCGGAGUUCCGCCGCCUCUGGCAGAGCUUCCGCCGCCAGUUGAGUGAUUGGUCGAGGAACCGCAGGUUUUUCUACCCGGAUAUAAUGUCGGAGCUGGCGAACGAGAUCAAAGCUUCGAUCGAUGAAUUCAAUGGCGUGAAAGGAUCUAGGCCCAAGUAUAGAAGCUGCGCCGUAGUCGGAAACAGUGGGAUUUUACUGAAAUCCGAUUACGGCGGGAAAAUUGACAGCCACGAAGCCGUGAUCCGGUUGAACAACGCUCGAAUUAGGGGUUUCGAGCGCAAUGUAGGUUCGAAAACAAACAUCUCCUUCGCCAACAGCAACAUCUUGCAUCUCUGCGCCCGCAGAGAGGGCUGCUUCUGCCACCCUUACGGCAUGAACGUCGCCAUGGUCAUGUACAUAUGCCAGCCCGCGCAUUUCCUGGACUAUCUAGUCUGCAACGCCUCCCACAAGUCCCCAUUGAUCGUCACGGAUCCGCGAUUCGACGCGCUGUGCGCAAGAAUCGUGAAGUACUACUCGUUGAAGAGGUUUGUGACGAUGACCGGGAAGGAUGCGGCGGAGUGGGCGGCGUUCCACGACGCCGACAACUUCCACUACUCGUCCGGGAUGCAGGCGGUGAUGCUGGCGCUAGGAGUGUGUGAGAGGGUGAGCGUCUUCGGGUUCGGGAAAUCGAAGGCGGCGAGGCAUCACUACCACACUAACCAGAAGGCGGAGCUGUCGCUGCAUGAUUAUGAGGCGGAGUAUGAGUUGUAUGGAGAUUUGAUGGAGGGAUCGGGGGCGGUGGUGCCGUAUGUCUCAGAUAAGUUCAACUUCCCUCCUCUUGUAAUGUACCAUUGAUGUGCUUGUUUUGAAUAGUGUAGCUUUUUGUGAAAUUGGUUCAUUGUUUUGUUGGGAUAUGAAGAUGAGGCUGUUGUUGUCUUGCUUUUGCUGCUCAAUUGUAAAGUCAGAUUAAAGAUUAUUUACCCGUCUUGUAAUUUUAUCAUCACUUCUUCUAGUUUCUGUAGUAAUAUCCAACUGCUUCGUGAA